GCGGUUAGCUCCUGAGGGGUUGAUUUCGUCAUCAUGGCGGUUGCUCUUAGCUUCUUUCUGGGCGGCCGUGUCCGCGCUACUGUUGCUUGCUGUGGGUUCGCGAUCCGGGGGGUGGCAGGCCCGGGCCCUGUCGGCCGCGAGCCGGAUCCUGAUUCCGACUGGGAGCCGGAGGAGCGAGAGCUGCAGGAGGUGGAGAGUGCCCUGAAACGACAGAAAAAAGCAGUCCGGUUCCAGAAAAUGCGGAGGCAGAUGGAGGCGCCAGGUGCCCCACCCAGGACCCUGACGCGGGAAGCCAUGGAGCAAAUCCGGUAUUUACAUAAGGAAUUUGCAGAGUCCUGGUCAGUUCCCAGACUCGCUGAAGGCUUUGAUGUCAGCACUGAUGUGAUCCGAAGGGUUUUAAAAAGCAAGUUUGUACCCACAUUGGAGCAGAAACUGAAGCAGGAUCAAAAAGUUCUUAAGAAAGCUGGGUUUGCCCACUCGUUCUGGCAGACUCAGGCUUCUGGGAGUAUCACGAAGCCACUCUCUGCAGGCCACUCUGUAUCAGGCUCUUUGCUGAUGCCGGAGGGUGAAGCCUCAUCCAAAGGCCAGAGUCGCAGCACAGCUUUGGAAGUGAUAGAGUUGAACAGUCAUAGUACACAUACACCAAGGAAACAGAAGGGAAGGAGUGAAGGAAUUCAGAGCCUGGAAAGAAUAAAGGAGAGCUUUGUGCCUGUAGCUGCAGCCCUGGGUCAUCAGAAGGAGUUGCAGAAGAACUACGCCAGUGAUUGUGAGAGCACUGGAGGAACUGUCAGUGAUGGAUUGCCAAAUGGUGAGAAGCUGGAGGAGUUGAAGACAAGGGAACCAAGUGACCAGAACUUGAACUUCAGCAGCAAAGUAGUGCAGAGGGGGCGGGAGUUCUUUGACAGCAACGGGAACUUCCUAUAUAGAAUUUGAGUUGGGGUCAACCUUGUGGAGAUGUGAAACAGCUGGGCAAGUGUAUUUGGAACUGGCUAGAUUUCUGCUUAUGGAUUAGCUGCCUUAGAACAGAAAGAGGUGAUGGGCCUGGAAUAUGAGCGGGAAGAGCUGCUUGGAUUUAAAUCUAAACAAAGGGCAGUGAACUUCAGGGCCGGUAUGUAAAGGGCCAGGGUGAGCGUCAGGCUCAAUAAAUUCAAACUUCCUGGAGCACUGCUUCAGGUCUGACUGCUGUGUAUCAUCACUACUCACCCUUCUUGCUCAGGCUCUCUGUGUGUUGAAGAGCAGCCCAUGUUGCAUGUGUUGUUGUUUCUGUGAUACUUGCAAUAUGUGUUCAGGAGGAAACGGAAAGUUUGCUUUCUGACCUCACUUCCUUCUUGGUUAAUGAAUACUAGCAGUUCUGGAACUGCUUAGUCAGUUGGUUGUUUUCCUUAUGUGCAAAAUAAACUAAAAUGCAGCAGUCUUGCUUGGUGCCGUCUGGGGUAGGAGGGUUUAACUGUGAACCUGGAGACUGAGAGAAGGGAAGGAUUCCUUGUCAUUAAACAUCUAUUGAGAGAAUGACCAGAGGAAUCCGCAACAGAGUACUCUGUGCAGAUCACCCUGCUCAGUGAUGGAUUUUGCCGACCAAAAAUUGGACAUCUUCCUUUUAGUUGCUGGGGCUCUGGAAGAGAUUGGGGAGUGGGGGGUUGACAAAAAAUUCAAAGCAGGGAAAGGCUUUAGGGCUCACAACAUAAUCUCCAGCCACUUUCUAAGACUUAAAUUGUGUCUGAUUUUACAGUUUUCACCAGAUUACUACAAGGAUGCUGCAAGGUAGGCAAGAAUAGAUAAUAAGCCUCUUUUAUAAAUCAUGAAAAAGGUUCAAAGAUUUUUGGAUAUUCCCAAGGCCAUGUGGCUGCUAAUGGAACUAUAGGAUGGCUAGGACUUGAAUCUAGGUCUGAUCUUAUCUAAGGCUUCUAAAAUUCCUGGAAUCUUAAGACUACCCAGCAUAAUUUCUAAAUUUACUGAGUCUUUAGAGAUCCUUUAUUAUAAAUAGAAUGGGACAUAUGCAAGCAACAUAAUCCAAUGACAGUUUUCAACCAUGUCUCAUUUUAACAACUUACCAGCAAAAAUUAGAUACUCAGAAUUUAAAUACACGUAGGAUGUUAAAAUUAAUGAAAACAAGACAUUCCAACCUUGUCAUUGCCCCUCUAUUAAUACUCUUUGCUAUUUCAUAUGUCAUUAAUAGCAGUUACAGUUACUGUUAACUUGAGCAUUCAUUCAGUAUGAAUGACAAGGCCUGAUGGCAUGCCAACCAAAAUUCUAGAAUCUAGAUGCUGGUGAUAAUGGCAGUGGAGGAAUAAGACAUAUGACCCUUGCUCUCACUGCCCUUCUAUUAUAUAGUUUAUAUUCAAAGCUUAUCAAUAUUUUUAUGAUUUUUUAAAAAAAUAUUUAUAGUCAUUUGCCAUUAGGACUUUUUAAGAGGUGUAAGAUGCUGUUUGACUAUUUUAAGUUUGCAAUUCUAACUCAUGCAAGUCAUCUGACCACGACCUUUCACCAGUGGGGUAGGGAAACAAGCUGUCCUUAGAAACUUGAAUGUGCUUUCCAUGUACAUCAUUCCCUACACCCUCCUGCUUACUAAGCUUGAACCUUCUUUCCAUUUUUAAUGUGCCAGUCAAAGGCAUUUGUUCUUACUGGUUCUUUGUCUCCAUAUUUUCACAUGGCUGGCUCCUCAUCCAUCAGGUCUCAGGUCAAAUGUCACUUUCUUAGAAAGACCUUCCUGUUCACCCAGUCUAAAAGAGCUCCCUUCAUGUUUUCACCAUCACCACACCUUGUUUAAUUCAAGUGCCUGGAAUUGUUACUGCAUUGUGUCUCAUCACCCACCUUGCCUCCAUAGUAGACCCCAUGAGAGCAGGAGACCUGUCUGUUCAUUGCUGUAGUCCCAGCUCCUAACACCUCAAUAUUGGUUGAAUGAAUGAAGAAAUGGUUGGAGAACCUCGCUCCAACCAGCCUGUCUUAGAGUGGAAAAUCGUGCCUCUCACCUUCCCAGCCUGCCCAUCCAGACCUCAGCCAACAAGCAAGGCCCCUAAGCCUCCUCCAGGCUGACGCGUUUCUGCUUUAUCCUGUCUGUGUGUCUCGGACCUUAACCCACUGACACUGCAGUGCUAUGGUAACUGCUCCCCAGCCCUGGCUGGGAAGCUGGAAUGUGGGAUGGGAACCUCAUCCAGCUCUGUGUUCCACUGGGCUGGGGUCACAAAACUCCAUAGGCCCCUGUCCGCAGGCAGUCCUGUUUCAUGACACGAUGGAGGACAUCGACACCACACCGGAUGAGGUGGAGCUUCACUUUGGGGUACGGGUGAAGCGUGUGGUGGAGGAGGUAACAGAUAACAAGGCUCUGCCCAAGCUGUGGAGAAGUGGCUGCAGGUGGAAUGGGCAGCUCACAGCAGCAUUAGAGCAAAGAUCAAGAAGCUGGCAAGCUGCAAGUGAAGGGACUUAAGUCCCUGAGCCCCGGAGGGUAUAUGCUUCACUCAUCUGCUUUAAGGGACAGGAAAUCCACCCAUCUCAGGACAGGCUCCAACUCAGAUUUGAUCUAAUUAAAGGCGUGAGGGGGCUAUGGGGGAGGCUCAGCAUAAAAUAUUAGAUGAGCUCUUGAAGCCCAGUGACGGGCACAGAAAGCUUUUUGUUGCUUAACCUGGUGUUAUAGAACCUUUCAAACAUACAAAGGUAGAAGUAUGAUAAUAGCAACAAAUCUCUGGGUACCCAUCACCAAGUUUUAACAAUUAACAAAUGACCUUUUUUUUUCCCAUCUAUUAUCCCCCAUUCUUGCUCCUCAUCUCCUGACCUGGGAUGUUUUAAAGCAAACCCUAGACAUCACAUUAUUUAUAAGUGCUUCAAUAUGUAUCUUGAGUUGACUCCUUUUUUACAGACAUACAAGCUAUUAUUAUACCUUAAUUUUUUUUUAGUAAUUUCUUAAUAUCAGCUAUUAUCCUGAUAGUUUUAUCUAGUUCUUUUAUAAAGGACUUUUCCAGUUGAUUUCUUUGACUUAGGAUCCAAGCAAGGUCCACAUACUGCAGUUUGUUGACAUAUCCCUAAGUUUCUUUUAUUCUAAAGUGGCUUCCCAUCCCAUUUUUUUCUCCUUGCCAUUUAUUUCUUUAAGGAGACAAAUAAUUUCCUGCAUUUUGGAUUUGGCUAAUUUCAUCCCUGUGAAGUCUUUUAAUGUGUUCCUUCUAUCUAUCCUCUAUAUUUCUAUAAACUGAUAGAUCUUGAGGCUUGAUCAGGUCGUUUUUGGCAACGGCGAUGCUCUGUAUUUCUUAUGCAUCCCACCAGAGGAUAUGAUGUUAAGUUAAUCAGUGAGUUCAGGUAUUAUUAGCCUGAUCUGUCCAUUAUGCCUCUCAUAAGCUUUUUUUUAAAAAAAAAACAAGGCA